AUGUCGGACACGCAAGAGCUCCCCAACCUCCAGGAUCUCACUCCGGAGGAGGCCAACCGCAUCAUCCACUCCCACCGCAAGGUGCGGUAUGGCACCGCAUGCUGGCCAUGUCGCCAGAGAAAGGUCAAGUGCGACAACAGGAGCCCCUGUGAGAAUUGCACCAAGCGCGAGCACCCCCAGCUGUGCUCCUACAAGCCAAAUCGCUCGACUACCGGGAGCAAGUCUGGCUCUUUUGGCUCGGACCAGAUUCAGAUCAAGAAGCGGCCACACUCGCCCGACGAUCCCGACCAGGACCGAGCCCUGAGCAGCGAGCCCCGUGAGUCGAUCGGCGCCUUCGAGUCGGAGCCCGCCGAGAUUGCACGAUACGUCGGCCAGAACAGCAUACCGGCGCUGCUGAGAGAACAGACGUCGUCCCACGCACCACAGGAGGCCAACGUCAUCCGCCAAGACAUGCGUUCCCUACUGGGGCUCGACACGUCGGCCCCCUUCCCUCUAAUGUCCUCCCGUCACAUGGACAGGCUGACCCAGGACAUUUCCUCCGAGCUGCCCUCGGACCGCGAGGUUAUGAAGUUGUUCCGGACAUACAAGGAGAUCCCGCAGCCAUUCUGGGGCUUCGUCGUGGACAUUGAUGACCUCGAGUCCAAGUUGAUGAUCUACCUGGAGGACCGCGCAAAGAAUGCCAGGGCCUCGACCAAAACACCCAAGCCCGUGUCCGCAUCAUGGCUGGCCACGCUUUUUGGCGUGCUUGCCGUUGGCUCCCAAUACCACGACUCGCCUUACCACAUCCGGACGCGAGAUUCCCACAAGUAUAUCCAGAUAUCGUUCCACUUUCUACGGCUCGCUAACUUCCUCCUCCGCCCGAAUCUCGACUCCAUACAGGCUUUGCUCAUGACGAGCUUCGUGCUACUAAAUGACAUGAAAGCCGAGGCUUCGUGGGCUCUCCUCGGCCUUACGUGCCGCCUGGCCCAGUCUCUAGGCCUACAUCGAGUUCAGGCUCUGGAUAGCCGCCAGAGCGCCGAACUGAUGAAGAAGGAGACAUCACGGAGGAAGCUAUGGUGGACAUGUCUCUGGCACGAUACGCUGACUUCUUUGUCCUUUGACCGGUCUUCAAUGACCAACAUUCCUUGCUGUCCCAUACCGCUCUCUCCUACCGCAGACACCGAAGGAUGGGCGUACCUCGAGGCCAUGUACCACCUCUGCAAGAUCAUCUCGGACCGGUUGAAUCCGGACGCUAUCGCGAGUGCGACAUACAUGGAGAUCCUGGACAACUGCGAAGCCGUGGAGAGCAUCCGGGACAGGCUUUUGGCCCAGCUUCGUGUCAAGGAGGCCUGCAAAUCCGCCCUCGAUCGGCUGCAGCAUUUUGCAAUCCGGCUACACACCUCGUUUAUCGUCUCUGUCUGCUGCCGACCUGCUCUGACCACGGUGGAGAGCGUCCGGCUCGACAGCUCGCAGAAGAAGUUUCUGGCCGACAGGUGCAAGGUGAACCUCACGGAAACGGUCCGCAUGUUCCUCGCCAUGCACCAGCUUUCUGUAAUACCCACGAGAUCGUGGGCCUUUACUUACCACGGCCUGUCGUCUGCCGUUCUCUUGGGCAUCCUCGGCGAGACCAAGGCCGACCCCGAGGUUCGCCAGCUCCAAGGCGACUUGAUUUCGGCACUGUCAGCAACUGCGGCCAAAGAACAGACGUCUCCGCAGCCGCACAUUCAAAAGUCGGACCACGAUAUAGAGCUCUCGGGCCCCUUGUCUCGGGCACUGACUGCCCUGAAGAUCAUAUACGACCACGGGUCCGUGACUGCACCGGGCGUCAAGGGGGAAGGGAGCAUCUCGGUACCGGGUUCCGGCACACGCACACCGCUGCAGCCCAACCAGCCUUCGGGCCUCAGCUCUGGUUCUGUCCUCGGACUGGAUCCUCAUCAAAGCGCCGCGCUGGCCAUGGCUGAGAUGCAGCAGCAGCAAAACGGGAGUGUCACGCCCGAUUUCUCCCAUGGGAUACCCGCAUUUGGCCACCCCCUGCUCCAGCAGCAAGGCGGCUUGCCUGACAUGUCUAGUUUCGACCCGUCCACGUACAUGGCGCCGAUGGACUUGUAUGAUUCUAUCUUCUGGGAAUCGCCUGAUCCGUUUAACACCGGCGUGGAUUCGAUGAACUUUGACUUUCUCGCCCAACCGCCGCCGGGACAGCCGCCGCCUCAGCAGUUUUACUUUUGA